GGGUACGGAGAAGCACGCCGAGAAUGUUGAAACGGACUACGCUAAUCUUGUAACAUUUUCAUAUCUCUUGGCAGUUGGACACGGAUGAAAUGUAAUAUCGCUCGAUUGUAAAACUGUCAAUGCAAUUAAUCCGUAUACGAAGUCAGGCCGUGCGAUACAUGCCUUAGGCUUCGUACGACUUUACUAACCGAAUAAUACUUACCAAGAAGACUUACAUAAAGGCCGAUUUAUACCGAAUUACACAACGGUGCAGGAAAAAAUCUCUGGUUUACUGUUACGUUAAGUUGAUCAUUUUAUCAGAGCUGAACGAUUAUUAUAAAGGGCAACGACCAGUGGGAAAGGCAAGACUUUGGAAAGUAUUUCCUUAGACCUAUUCCUGCGAUUUUCUUCGAGAAACGAAUAUGAACGAUGGCUAACAUUGUGAUAACCACAUGGUUCCUUAAGUAAACUGUGCAUUUUUCAACUGAUAUGAGAACAGUUCCUUCGAAUGUGAUUAAUUAAGCGUGCAGUGUUUCCACGCCUGGCAUAAGGAAGUGCCUAGCUUGGCAAAUUUUUUGAAGAAUUUUGUGAUUUUAUUUUAGAACAUAGGAACAAAAUGGCAGAACAACAGAAUUCUCCUCCUGGAUUUAAACGCAUGUCCUUAGAUAAGAUUAUCGAAGCAAUGACUGCGGAUUUAGAAAGCUCUACCGGUCACUAUGUACAGUUUGGCGUACCGCCUCAACAAACAUCACCUCGUAACUGGGGAGAUUAUUCUUCUGAACAAAUGAGACAAUACAUGACCAACCAGCAAACCCACUCAAGCACACCUACUAUGCAAUCGAUGAAUCCAAUGGCAUCAUCUUUAUACAUGCAGGACAUGUCGACAUACGACUCUACUCCAACAGAUUCUGUUUAUUUUCCACCACAACCUGUGAAUCAUUUAGGAAUAAACGAAAACAAUGACUUGAUUGGAACUAUCGAUGUCGGAGGUGGCAAUUAUAUUAAUGUAAUUUAUGGGAAUGCUUCGCAAAUUAUGGCAGAACAGUGUCAGCUCAACAGCUUAGCAUCUUAUUCUAAUCGGGGCCUCAUAGACCGACAAUAUGGUCUAUUUAAUGAACAGCAAGGGCCCACCUCUUCAAAUUUUCCAACACAAAAUUCAAAUGGGAAGCAACUGAUCGAUAAUCUUGUUGGAAAUUGGGUACCAAAUCAGUCAGGGACUUACAGUCCCUUUGGCGGUUCCCCAAACGUGACUCCUGUACCACAGACUAAUUCAGAAAUGAAGGAAAUCGAAGAAUUACCAAGAAGUAUUCCUGAUACUCAUCAAAAGAAACCGAGGAUGGUAGCAGAGGUUAAGCCCAUGAGACCAUCGUAUUCUGAUGUUUUGACAAAAUCUGCACCUACACCUCCAGCGCCGUUAACUUUUCCCACUGUGAAACCGAAGGCUGAACUUACGACAAAAAAGGUUGCCAGUAAGAAUUCUAAAAAUAAAAGUAAGCCUGCCUUAUUGAAAAGACAAAACUCAUCCGGCAGCGAUGAUCACGGCUCACCUAAGUUACAAAUUUUGAAGAAGACCUUGGAAAAGAAUAAUUCAAAUCUUUCACGACGCUGGGUAUCCCUAGAUAAUCUUGACACGCAAAUCGAGUCCGAUGAAUUAGGCGUCUUUGAUAGACCCGAUCAAUUUGAAGAGAAGAAGAUAUUUAAGAUUCCGAAAAAGGUAGAGAAGAACGAGGCUUUGAAUAAUUCCAAGAUCCCAAACAGUAAUUCAAAGCCUACCGGGAAUACUCAGAAACGUCCGAUUCAGAUAAAUAAUAACUUGAAUACAAUGAAUAGUUUCAGUCAGACCGUAUCACCCGAUAAAAUAGAAAAGAAUCAACAGACUAAUAACAAAGCCAGUAAGGAGGAUAAAAAGAUUGCAAAAGAGAAGAGUUUGAAGCGCUUCCAAGCGGAGAAGGCACAACAGAUUAAAAAGGGACAAAGAAAUCGUAAAAGAGAGAACCGAGAGUCACCUGUCAAGGAUUUGUGUAAAAACCUGAAUAAGUACAUCAACCGGUGGAGCAAAAUUGGUUUGAAGGUCUUUUUUUGGCUCUUGCAUUUAAUCUCUGAUGUUGUUGGAAUGAGCGCAAAUCUUAUUGUGCAACUAGGAAAGUGCAUCUGGUAUCAUACAGUCCUUUACUUAAAAUACUCUUGGAUCUACCUAGUGGGAAUGUUCUGUAAAAUUCGGUUUUUAAGUGCAAUCGGUAGACGACUGGAUCGUUGGUUUGGAAACAGUAAAUUUGCAUUCUGGCACAGAAUGAAGUCAAAAACCGACGAAAAAGAAAAUACACAUUGGAUACACGGAAGCCUAGAAAGUAACAUAGCAUUGCCUAGCACUCGAGAAGAAGCCAUGAAGAGACUACUUGCCUGUAAGGGGAAGGAUCCGUACAGUAUACUCGGUGUUACACCGACGUGUUCAGACGAUGAUAUUAAAAAGUAUUACAAAAAACAAGCAUUUCUUGUGCACCCCGAUAAGAAUCAUCAAUCAGGGUCAGAGGAAGCAUUUAAAAUACUCGUACAUGCCUUUGAAAUCAUUGGAGAACCUGAGCGAAGACAAGCAUUCGAUCAAACAAGACAGGUUGAAGCAGCUUGGGGAGAGCUUAGUGAUUUAUUAUCUCAACUGCAUAGAAAUAUGGAGCAAGCUGCAAACACCAUUAGGUGCACAAAUUGUGGUUUGAGACAUAAACGAGUGCUAACGCAACGACCUUGCUAUGCUGCUCGAUUUUGUACUCAGUGUAAAAUAAGGCAUAGUGCAAAAGAGGGCGAUAUUUGGGCAGAAUCUCGCGUAAUGGGCUUUCUAUGGCACUAUUAUGCUUGUAUGGAAGGCGCAGUCUAUGAUGUAACAGAUUGGGCCGCAUGUCAAGCUGGUAACUUGAAACAUCUUAGGGCAAAUACUCAUAGCGUCCAGUAUAGAAUCGUGUUGGGUCAACGACCACCCCCUCAGACUUCCACUACUGGUAAAAAACGUCAACCGACGAACUCCAACACAAGCGAAGCAGAUUUUGAGGACUUCUUGAACAAUCUUUACAAUCAGAGUAAGUCCGGUAACCCUGCUACAUCGACAGAUCAGAAUUCCUUCAAGAAUGACAGUCGACGACGCAAAGCUAAACGUAAGAAGUGAACGAAAUUGUGUGGGGAUUUUUUGAUCUCUUAGUGAUGCACCUUGUAUGCUUAUUGACUAAUAUACAUGCUCUACUGCUGA